AUGUCGCCUCCCCAAUCCCCCCGAUACUCCAAGAACCAAAUUCAGUACUACACCUCCCCCUUCGCCAAGUUACGAGCCACACGCCUAACCAAAAGUCUCCAAAACACAACGAUAAAACUCGGCCCCUUGAACAAUUGUCACAUCGAAAAAGGAGCCGACUCCCUCUCCGGGAUCCGCGAACGGAAGACAAACCAACGAGUAGAACUCGAGUACGUAGGCGACUACAAAAAAACCCGCCUCACAUCCCUCGCCGCAAAAUUCGUCCACAAACACUGCACGUCCACGAAAAAGGUCGUCACUGCCGCCGUCAACUCCGUUAUCCACCAAUCCUCACUCGAUUAUCAGAGAAUGAAGCUGCUUCAAGCAGCCGCAGAAGACGGAGGAAAGAAAAAUAGACUCCUGCGAGACUUCGAACCAGAAGCUGUGAGGAUGCUAAUCCGCAUCAGUGCCGCCCUCCCCAGAGCAGAGAUUGAAAACGCAUUCAAGGCCCUUUCCCAACCAACUUGGCACCUCGGCACGGCGCUCUACGCAGAAGACCAGAUUCGCGAGGAAGAUGUAAAUAGCGUCUACAACGCGAGCUUCCUCGGUCGACCGACUUGUAUCAUUAGUCCUCCUUCUUCCCUUACCGACCCCGCUCUCGUCGCUGCAAUUGAAACAUUCCGUGCUUGUCCCAGGGAUGAGGAUCCGGAGAAUGUUAAGAGAUUGAAUCGGGAGCUGAAAAAACCUUCCAGACAUCCUGGGGAGUAUUUGGAGAGUGUGCAGACGGGGGAUAUUAUCCGGUUCUCGUGGAGACGGGGGGAUAGUGCGGUGCAUUCGAGUGGGAAUCGGGAUGAGGGGAGGAUCGUGGUGUUGCUUUCUUUUGGGAGGAGUGGGGAGCUGGUGGGCAGGUGGGAGGUGGGGUAUCGGUUGCAUUGA